CCCGUCGCUCGCUCAGGCGCGCCGAGGGCAGGCCCCGCGGGGUCCUCGUGGCCAGCCAAGAUGGCCGCCCGCGCCGCGAAGGUUGCGCGUGGGUGGUCGGCCUCGGUGCUGGGCGUGCGGCCGGCCGCCUGCUGGCUUCCAGGGCUCACGCAGGUGAGGUGGAGCCGCUAUGGCCCGGAGUACAGGGACCCCCGGGUCGAGAAGGAGCAUUACCGCAAGCCGGCGGCCGAGCUCACGGAGGAGGAGAGAUACGACCGGGAGCUCAGGAAAACGCAGCUCAUCAAAGCCGCGCCGGCCACGACCACCGGCUCCGUGUUUGAGGACCCGGUGAUCAGCAAAUUCACCAACAUGAUGAUGAAAGGCGGCAACAAGGUGCUGGCCAGGUCCCUCAUGACGCAGACCCUGGAAGCCGUGAAGAGGAAGCAGUUCGAGAAGUACCAGGCCGCCUCCGCAGAGGAGCAGGCCACCAUCGAGCGCAACCCCUACGUCAUCUUCCACCAGGCUCUCAAGAACUGCGAGCCCGUCAUCGGGCUGGUGCCCAUCCUCAGAGGCGGCCACUUCUACCAGGUCCCCGUGCCGCUGGCUGAGCGCCGCCGCCGCUUCCUGGCCAUGAAGUGGAUGAUCACCGAGUGCCGCGAGAAGAAGCAGCGGCGGACGCUGAUGCCGGAGAAGCUGUCGCACGAGCUGCUGGAGGCCUUCCGCAACCAGGGCCCCGUCAUCAGGCGCAAGCAGGAGAUGCACAAGAUGGCCGAGGCCAACCGCGCCCUGGCGCACUACCGCUGGUGGUAGGGCCCGCCGCCGCCAUGGCGGAGGACCCCUGGGCUCAAGGACGCGGUUCCUGAGGGCCAGCCCGGCUCCCGGGCAGGACGCCGCUGCCCGCCAGGCCCCUCGGAGGGCACAACCUGCUCUCCCUGUCCCAUCUGGCUCAACCCGGGAAACUCGGGGCCUGGUCCUCUGCACCCCCGGCUCGGAGUGGACUUGGGAUGGCACAGAGGCGGCCGCUUUAAUAUCUGAAAAGGUUUAUUAGAAAAUUCCCUCCUGAACUGUUGUGGCGUGAGAUCCACUACCACCAUUCAUUAAAACAGAUGGAGGAGCUA